AUGCACUCUGACAAUAGGACCUUUUCCAUUGUGCUCAACAGCACCGGCAAGCUCCCGCCCGGCAGCAGCACCUCGUCAGCCAGGGGUAGCUGGAGCGCCACCAGCGCCAGCGCGAGCGGCAGCGGCACCACGCGCAGCACCUGGGCCAGCAGCCAGGCCGGCGGCAGCAGCAGCACCUACGGCGGCGGCAUCACGUCUCCACCACUGUCGCUGUCGACGGUGAGAACAGUCGACUCGCGUGAGGGGCUGUCAGACGCCUUCCUCGCCGAUGACGAACGCGACGAGCCAAGCGUGCUCUCGCCCUUGACCUCUGCGGGUACCAUCCCUGACGCGGCCCAUUUCCCGUUCCCACCCUCCCCUGGCGAGCCCUCCACCCGCGCCCACUUAACUGAGGAUCCUAAGACGCCUGCCCACUCGUCCUCCCCCUGGAACUAUCGUAUGGUUGGUGGCCUGCGGAAAGUGCCCAACACCCCUGAUUUCAGGCAAAAGCAAGUUGCUGCACAGCUUCAAUCCUCUGCCAGAGAGCAAACCCUGUCGCCACUUAUCGAGGCUGCAUCUACACCGUCGCCAACCCUCCACCACGCCGCUCCCUCAUCCCGCGCCCUCGACGACACUCCCACGCGCCCGCUCGUCUCCAAGGACUCAUUCACGUCGGACCGGACCGUCGACACCACCUCCGAGACCAGCAACUACAAGGUCUACGCCCGCAGUUCGCCUCCGCCGCAAUCCGACGAGAGCCUCCCGCUGCCGUCGUCGAGCCACUCCAACUACGUCCUCCUUGGAGAGUCCUCACCCGUCGCGCCCCCAUCCGAGCUCCACGACCCGAGCCCGCCGCCGAGUAGCCACGCCAGCGACGACAACUACAUCCUUCACGGCGACCCGUCCCCUUCGCCCUCGGUCUCGCUCGUUGCCCGUCGCCAGCCACGGCCCGAGUUCUCGCAGGAGAGCCUGAUUGUUCCUCCGCUCCAGCCCAUUCGCAGGGGAUCCAGCGAGCGUCUCGGAUACUACAAGUCCAGGUCUCGCGAGAGCCUGCGCGCCAGGGCAAACUCGGCCAAGUCGCUCAAGUCCAUCACCUCGAUCAUUGCGGGCGAGUCGGUACAGUCGAUCCUGGUCAAUUCGGCCUUGGUCCCCGGCCUGCGGCAGCAGCAAUCACCUGGCGGUAGCAUCAGCAACCUCAGCGGCGCCGGCACUGGCAGCGGCAGCGGCAGCGGCAGCGGCCGACGCCAAAGCACCGGCUGGGCGAGCAGCACACACAGCCGACAGAUGCUGAGCAUCUCGUCGUCGCUGGCUGCCCAGCUCGAGGAUGGCCGCACACAGAGCCGGUCCAUGUCCAUGUCCCGCAGCGACUCAGUCUCGCUCGAGCGGCCCGCGGCUGCCUACGCGCGCAACGGCUACAACGGCGGCUCGCGCACCAUUCGCGACCAUGAUGAGGACGGUGAUGGCAUCGCCGACCUGCGCGACCUGUCGCCCCGACCCUCCCGCUCGGGUCUGUCGGGUUUCAUGAGCAGCCUUAGCGAUUCGUCUCGCAACCUGCACUCGUCUUCGAGCUCCCGCAGCUUCAACCCGUCUGCCCUUCCCACAUGGGCUCGCGUCUACUACGGCUCUGGCGAGCGGCGUCAACUCAGUGCACCCUCCAUAAUCUCGGAUGUGUCUGAGGGCCCAAUCAGCAGGCCUGGAUCCGCGCUGCAGCGCGACCCCGGCAGCCCCGCCGCCGACUACUUCCCGUCGUCGCUCUUCAGCCCACGCAGGCGCGUCAGGGAGGUCGAGGCCGGCCCUUCGCAGCGUCCCUUCUCGGACCAGGCCAGCUUGGACAUCGCCCCGGCGUCCCCAACUGACAUGGACUACAACGCCAUCCGACCCAACCUGCGGAAGAAGACUAGCAGUCUCUGGUCGCCACACCUGGGCAUGGACAGGCGAGCAAUCUCCAGCCGUUACGGCCGAUGGGACCCGCCCAGCGUGAGCUGGAGUGCCGAGAGCGGAGUGUGGGGACGGAGGAACAUCCAGGUCGUCAUGUUCGUGCUGGGCUUCAUAUUCCCUUUCGCUUGGAUGAUCGCCGCCGUCCUCCCACUCCCGGAGCAGCCGCGCCUCCAGAUGCUGGAGAGGGACCACAGCCAGAGCGAGCUUGGCAUUUCCGAAUCCCUCCGGCGCCAGUUCAACGAGGCCGACGACGUACGCUACCAGAGCGCCAAGUGGUGGCGCAACCUCAACAGGGGCAUGUCCCUUGUUGGCCUGGUCAUCAUCGGCGUCGUCGUUGGCCUGGUUGUCGUGGGCAUCCAGCAAGGGUGGUACCAGCGAGUCUAG